AUGUCAGAUUCCGGUGGUGGAGCGGAGGCUCGCGCCCGUUCGAAACAGUAUGAGUACGGAGCCAACUCCAGUCUUGUCCUCACUUCCGACUCUCGCCACCCUCGUGACGCCCAGGAGCCCUCCGGCGAGCCCGAGUCCCUUCGAGGCAAAAUAGAUCCCAGAACCUUUGGUGAUCGUGUCUUCCGGGAUGAAGAGUCGAAGAAGAAGGAGCGAGAAUCGCUAGCGUCUGAAGCGAAUUCCGGGAGGGAGAGUAAGAAGAGGAGGAUUGUUCACGAGGAAAGUGUUUUUACUUUGAUUGACGAGGGUGUUUAUCAACCUAAAAGUAGAGAAACCAGGGCGGCCUAUGAGGCCUUGCUCAGUUUUAUUCAGCAACAGUUAGGUGGGCAGCCUGUUAAUGUUGUUACGGGCGCUGCAGAUGAGAUUUUAGCUGUUCUUAAGAAUGAUAAUCUCAAGAACCAUGAUAAGAAGAAGGAGAUGGAGAAGCUCUUGAGUAAUCCUAUCCCCAACCAAGUGUUUGAUCAUGUCGUGUCUAUCGGGCGGCUCAUUACUGAUUACCGAGACGCUGCUGCGAAAGGGGAUGAUGGUCUUGAUGAUGAUGAUGAUGUUGGAGUUGCGGUUGAAUUUGAGGAGAAUGAAGAAGUGGAUGAUGGAUGUGUGUAUGAUUUGGGGGAGGAGGAUGAAGAUGAGGAAGAUGAUGGAGUCUACGUGAAUGAUUGCACCAAUGGUGCUGGUGCAAUGUGGAUGGGUCGUGGGAUUGAUGAUGAUGAUGAGGAGAUGCAGGAUGCUAGGGAUGACGAGAUGACCUUGAAUGUUAGGGACAUUGAUGCCUAUUGGCUUCAGAGGAAGAUUUCAGAGGCUUAUGGGGACCAGAUUGAUGCCCAGCAGAGCCAGAAGCUUGCUGAGGAGAUCCUCGAGAUUCUUACUGAAGGUAAUGACUGUGAUGUUGAACUUAAACUUUUGUUGCAUAUGCAGUUUGAUAAGUUCAGUCUCGUCAAGUUUAUGUUGCAGAACCGGCUGAAGAUAGUUUGGUGCACUCGUUUGGCAAGGGCUGAUGGCGAAGAGGAUAGGAAGAAAAUUGAGGAGGAGAUGGUAGCGCAGGGGCCAGAUCAUGCUGCAAUUCUGGAACAGUUGCACAGCACCCGGUCCAGGGCUACUGCAAAAGAGAGGCAGAAGAACCUGAAGAAGAGCAUUAGAGAUGAGGCACACCGAUUGAAGGAUAAGAAAGGACGAGGAGAUGGGCAACGAGAAAGAAUGGUGUUAGCCGAUAGAGAAGCUGAUGGUGGUUGGCUGUCAGGGGAACGUCAGUUAAUUGAUCUUGACAGCCUUGCUUUCCACCAGGGAGGUCUUUUUAUGGCAAAUAAGAGGUGUGAGCUUCCAGGAGGUUCUUUCAGGAAUCAAAAGAAGGGAUAUGAAGAAAUUCAUGUACCAGCCUUGAAGCCGAAGCCAUUAGCACCUGGUGAAGAACUAAUAAAGAUCUCUUCCAUGCCUGCCUGGGCGCAGCCGGCUUUCAAAGGAAUGAUGCAGUUAAACAGGGUUCAAAGUAAAGUUUAUGAAACUGCCCUUUUUAGUGCAGAUAAUAUUCUUUUAUGUGCUCCCACUGGUGCAGGGAAGACCAAUGUUGCUAUGCUCACCAUCCUUCAGCAGAUUGCUUUGAAUAGAAAUCAAGAUGGUUCUUUUAACCACAGCAAUUACAAAAUUGUCUAUGUUGCUCCAAUGAAGGCAUUAGUUGCUGAAGUGGUCGGUAACCUCUCCAAUCGUCUCCAGGAUUAUGAUGUCAAGUGGGAUAUAAUAACCAGGAAAUCAGGUGACCGCACCUACACCCAGCUUGUGAAACUGCUAAUCAUUGAUGAGAUACAUCUGUUGCAUGAUAACCGAGGUCCUGUACUGGAGAGUAUUGUUGCAAGAAGUGUUAGACAGAUUGAGACCACCAAAGAGCACAUAAGGUUGGUGGGCUUGUCAGCAACACUUCCAAACUAUGAAGAUAUAUCUUUGUUCUUGCGCGUUGAUGCUAAGAAAGGUCUCUUUCACUUUGACAAUAGCUAUAGACCCGUUUCUCUUGCGCAACAGUAUGUAGGAAUCUCCGUAAAGAAGCCGCUGCAGAGAUUUCAGUUGAUGAAUGAUGUGUGCUAUGAGAAAGUAAUCAAUGUUGCAGGAAAGCAUCAGGUGCUUAUUUUCGUGCACUCCAGGAAAGACACUGCCAGGACAGCUCGUGCAAUACGUGAUACUGCACUUGCUAAUGAUACUCUUGCUAAAUUCUUAAAAGAGGACAGUGCAAGCCGUGAAAUUCUUCAGAGUCACACGGAGCUUGUCAAGAGCAAUGAUCUCAAGGACUUGCUACCUUAUGGUUUUGCAAUUCAUCAUGCUGGUAUGGUCAGAGCUGAUCGUCAAAUUGUCGAGGAUCUUUUUUCUGGUGGGCAUGCACAAGUGUUGGUUUCCACGGCUACUCUAGCGUGGGGUGUCAAUUUACCAGCUCAUACUGUGAUUAUAAAAGGUACCGAGAUAUACAAUCCUGAAAAGGGAGCGUGGACUGAACUAAGCCCCCUUGAUGUUAUGCAGAUGCUUGGCCGUGCCGGAAGGCCUCAAUUUGACACUUUUGGGGAAGGAAUUAUUAUAACCCGACAUAGUGAGCUACAGUAUUAUCUGUCUUUGAUGAAUCAGCAGCUUCCCAUUGAAAGCCAGUUUCUGUCGAAGUUAGCUGAUCAGUUGAAUGCAGAAAUUGUCCUUGGAAGCGUUCAGAAUGCUAAAGAAGCUUGCACUUGGCUCGCUUGUACUUAUCUUAAUCUUCGCAUGCUUCGGAAUCCUAGUCUUUAUGGUUUAGCUGCUGAUGAUGCCCUUGCUGUUGAUAAUAUGUUGGAAGAAAGGAGAGCUGAUCUGGUACAUUCAGCAGCAACACUAUUGCACAAGAAUAACCUAGUGAAAUAUGACAGGAAAAGUGGAUAUUUCCAGGUCACUGACUUGGGACGCAUUGCCAGCAAUUACUACAUAACUCAUGGAACAAUUUCUACAUACAAUGAGCACUUGAAGCCAACCAUGGGGGACAUUGAGCUUUGUCGUCUGUUUGGCCUUAGUGAAGAAUUUAGGUAUGUGACAGUGAGACAAGAUGAGAAGGUUGAAUUGGGAAAGCUUCUGGACCGAGUCCCUAUUCCUAUCAAAGAGAGUAUUGAGGAGCCUAGUGCCAAGAUUAAUGUUCUUCUUCAGGCAUACAUUUCGCAACUGAAGCUUGAAGGUCUCUCUUUGGCAUCUGACAUGGUGUUUAUUACCCAGAGUGCUGGGCGUCUUAUGAGAGCAUUGUUUGAGAUUGUUCUAAAGAGAGGAUGGGCCAAAUUAACAGAGAAGGCAUUGAAGUGGUGCAAAAUGAUUGACAAGAGAAUGUGGAGUGUCCAGACACCACUCCGUCAAUUUCAUGGGAUUCCAAAUGAAAUUUUGAUGAAUUUGGAGAAGAAAGAUCUGGCUUGGGAAAGAUACUACGACCUCUCCUCACAGGAGAUAGGAGAACUCAUCCGUUUUCCUAAGAUGGGGAGAACUCUCCACAAGUUGAUUCAUCAAUUCCCAAAGCUUAACUUGGCGGCUCAUGUCCAACCAACCACUCACUCAGUUUUGAAGGUUGAGCUCACCAUUACACCUGAUUUCCAAUGGGACGACAAAGUACAUGGAUUUGUGGAACCAUUUUGGGUAAUUGUGGAGGAUAAUGACGGGGAAAAUGUUCUCCAUCAUGAAUAUUUCUUGCUAAAGAAACAACAUAUCGAUGAGGAUCAUACUUUGGAUUUCACAGUCUCAACGCAUGAACCACUGCCUCCCCAGUACUUCAUUCGCGUUGUGUCAGAUCGAUGGCUUGGGUCACAGACUGUCUUACCUGUUUCUUUCAGGCACCUGAUUCUGCCAGAUAAAUAUCCUCCUCCCACAGAGUUAUUAGAAUUGCAACCCUUGCCUGUGAGAGCUCUAAGAAAUCCAUCUUAUGAAGCUCUAUAUCAAGAGUUUGAGCACUUUAAUCCUGUCCAAACUCAGGUUUUCACUAUCCUGUACCACUCGGAUGACAAUAUCUUAGUAGCUGCACCCACUGGUAGUGGAAAGACAAUAUGUGCAGAAUUUGCCAUAUUGAGAAAUCACCAAAAAGGUUCUGAAAGUAUCCUGCGUGCUGUGUACAUUGCUCCUAUUGAGGCUCUUGCUAAGGAGCGGUAUAAUGACUGGAAAAGGAAGUUUGGAGAUAGGCUAGGGAUGAAUGUGGUUGAAUUAACUGGUGAGAUAGCGACAGAUAUCAAACUGCUUGAAAGAGGUCAUAUAAUUAUUAGCACUCCAGAGAAAUGGGAUGCUGUAUCUCGCCGUUGGAAACAGAGGAAGCAUGUUCAGCAAGUUAGUCUUUUCAUUGUUGAUGAACUCCAUCUGAUUGGGGGCCGGGGUGGGCCUAUUUUGGAGGUUAUAGUUUCUAGAAUGAGAUAUAUUGCAAGUCAGCUUGAGAACAAGAUCAGGAUUGUAGCUUUAUCAACUUCUCUUGCUAAUGCCAAAGAUUUGGGAGAAUGGAUUGGAGCGAACUCUCAUGGUCUUUUCAACUUUCCUCCAGGUGUGCGACCUGUACCCUUGGACAUACAUGUUCAGGGCAUUGAUGCUGCUAAUUUUGAAGCCAGGAUGCAGGCCAUGACAAAACUCACUUAUACUGCUAUUGUCAAACACGCCAAGAAAGGGAAACCUGCAAUUGUGUUUGUUCCUGCCAGGAAGCAUGCCCGCUUGACUGCUGUGGAUCUGAUGACUUAUGCAAGGGUGGACACCGACAAAAUAAUGUUCCUUUUACAGUCUGCAGGAGAUUUGGAACCUUUCAUUGAUAGAAUUAAAGAACCUACAUUGAAAGAGACGCUUCGGUAUGGUGUGGGUUAUUUGCAGGAGGGCUUAACUGGUACUGAUCAAGAUAUAGUCAAGACUCUGUUUGAAACUGGAGGGAUUCAAGUGUGUGUUAUGAGUAGUUCAAUGUCUUGGGGAGUGGCCUUGUCUGCACAUCUAGUGGUGAUUAUGGGCACUCGACAUUAUGAUGGCAGAGAAAAUGCUCAUAGAGACUACCCUGUUACUGAUUUGCUGCAGAUGAUGGGUCAUGCCAAUCGACCUCUUGUUGAUAACUUGGGGAAAUGUGUAAUCUUCUGUCAUGCGCCACGUAAGGAGUACUACAAGAAGUUCUUAUAUGAAGCAUUCCCAGUUGAAAGCCAUUUGCAUCAUUAUCUGCAUGACAAUUUGAAUGCUGAGGUGGUUGUCAAGGCCAUACAAAACAAGCAGGACGCUGUGGAUUAUCUAACAUGGACAUUCAUGUAUAGGAGGCUCACCCAGAAUCCAAACUACUAUAAUUUGCAGGGUGUUAAUCACAGACAUUUAUCUGAUCACCUGUCAGAGCUUGUUGAAAACACAAUAAGUGAUCUUGAAGCAAGUAAAUGUGUUCUUGUUGAAGAUGAUUUCUUACUUUCACCUUUAAAUCUUGGCAGGAUAGCAUCGUACUACUAUGUGAGUUACAGCACAAUUGAACGUUUUAGUUCUUCUUUGAACUCCAAAACCAAAUUGAAGGGUUUACUGGAUAUCUUGGCUUCAGCUUCAGAGUAUGAACAACUUCCAGUUAGACCAGGUGAAGAAGAGCUGAUUAGGAGGUUGAUUAAUCACCAACGUUUCUCAUUUGAUAACUCAAAAUGUACUGAUCCUCAGGUCAAAGCUGAUGCUUUGCUGCAAGCUCACUUCUCUCGGCAACUUUUAGGUGGAAAUUUGGCAUCUGACCAGCAAGAGGUGCUUAUUUUUGCUCCAAGGUUGCUCCAAGCCAUGGUUGAUGUUAUUUCCAGCAAUGGUUGGCUUACUCUUGCCCUUCUCGCGAUGGAAGUGAGUCAGAUGGUACCUCAGGGCAUGUGGGAGCGCGAUUCCGUGCUCCUGCAACUCCCACAUUUUACCAAGGAAUUGGCACAAAAGUGCCAAGAGAACCCUGGAAAGAGUAUAGAGACAGUUUUUGAUUUGGUGGAAAUGGAGGACGAUGAAAGGCGCGAGCUUUUGCAGAUGUCCGAGUCGCAGUUGUUGGAUAUUGCACGAUUCUGUAACCGUUUCCCUAACAUUGAUUUAGCAUAUGAUGUUCCUGACAGGGAUAAUGUGAGGGCUGGAGAAAACAUUAAGGUGCAUGUAACUCUGGAAAGAGAUCUUGAGGGGAGAACAGAAAUUGGACCUGUUGAUGCUCCUAGAUAUCCCCAAGUUAAGGAAGAAGGAUGGUGGCUUGUGGUUGGUGACCCUAAAACUGACCAAUUGCUUGCCAUUAAGACGGUUACCUUUCAGAGGAAGUCCACAGUCAGACUCGAUUUUGAUGCUCCCGCUGAAGCUGGAAGAAGGAAUUACAUGCUAUAUUUCAUGAGUGACUCCUAUUUGGGAUGUGACCAGGAAUAUAGUUUUAUCAUUGAUGUGAAAGAGGCAGCAACUCAAGAAGAUAGCGGAAGAGAAUGACCAUCCGAUCUUGUAUUGACAUGUAGUAUGAUUGCUAAAUUGUAAGUCAGAUCGUUUUUCUAUUCAUUUUGCUCAAUCUUUACAUUUUGUUGACUUUGAAUUGCUUGGGAAAUAAAUGCUGAUUUUGAACUA